AUGUCCACAACCGUCCUGGAACUUGCAAACGACCUCAAUACGGUCCUGGAAGAUGGAAAUACGGUGGCAAUACGGUCCUUCAAGUUGGGGAACUGGUCCUGGGAUACAUAUGUGCAUACAAAUUGCAUACGCCAGGACCUCCACACAGAAGAUGGUGACAUUUUUGAUUGCAUAGAUAUCAAAUCUCAGCCGGCAUUCGACCACCCACUUCUCAGAAACCAUUCAAUACAGAUGGAACCAAGCUCACAUCCUAUUGGACUCGAUGGCAACUCGAUACCAGAUACAACAUUAAUUAGAGACAAUGGACAAAAACAAUGCUUUGAUCUAAAAUGCCCCGGAUUUAUACAUACGAGUCCAAAUAUACCUUUAGGGGGGAAAUUAUCGCCAAUCUCGAAGUACGAUGGGCCACAAGCUCAUAUGAACACUUUUGUUUAUCAGGAUACAAAUUCAAACUGGUGGGUAAAAUUCGGCAGGGAGAGCACUGUAGUCGGAUAUUGGCCAGGUGAACUCUUCGGUUACCUAAAAUCGAAGGGUACUGUAGGCUACUGGGGUGGUUUGGUUGAAGGUCCUACAAUUAAAUAUAAGCCACCACCCAUGGGUAGCGGACACCCUGCUUCAGAGGGAGAUGGUAAAGCAGCCUAUGUGAAGAACAUCAAAAUUGUGACAAGAGAUCAUCAGCUCGUGACUCCAAUGUCUCGCGAGUUUGACGUGGCCGUAGAAAAUCCGAAGUGCUACUCGGUUGCUCACAAAUCAGACCAAGAUGGUGGAGUACAUGCAAAUUGGGGUGGUUCCGGGGAUUGCACCCUUUGA